GAUCAUUUUGAGCAAACCUGCACAACUAUUCAUCCAUCAUGGGGCUCCCCAGCAUACUUGGCAGGUUAACCUUGAUAGUCCUCCUUCUACCCAAAGGAUCUCAUUCACAGCUGAAUGUAUGUGGCCAGCCUCCUCUGAACAACAGGAUUGUUGGAGGAGAGGAUGCCCCUGCAGGCAGCUGGCCCUGGCAGGUCAGUCUGCAUACAAUCAGACACUUCUGUGGAGGGUCUCUCAUUAACAACCUAUGGGUGAUGACUGCUGCUCACUGCUUCCCAAGCAACAGCACAUCAGGUUUAUCAGUUUAUCUGGGUCGCCAGAAUCAGCAAGGUAACAACUCCAAUGAAGUGGUCCGGACAGUAUCACAGAUCAUCUGUCAUCCUGACUACAACUCUGACAGUAAUGACAACGACAUAUGUCUUCUGAAGCUCUCUUCAUCAGUCACUUUUACCAACUACAUUCAACCAGUCUGCCUGGCAGCACCAGGCAGCAACUUUCAUAACGGGACUGAUACCUGGGUUACCGGCUGGGGCACCAUUGCAAGUGGGGUUCCGCUCCCACCACCCAUGACGCUCCAGGAGGUGGAGGUCCCUGUUGUGGGGAACAGGCAGUGUAACUGCCACUAUGGAGUGGGAUCCAUCACAGACAACAUGAUCUGUGCUGGGUUGGCUGCUGGAGGAAAGGACUCCUGUCAGGGAGAUUCAGGUGGCCCAAUGGUAAGCAAACAAGAUGGUCGUUGGAUCCAGUCUGGCAUUGUGAGUUUUGGUUUUGGUUGUGCUAGGCCUGAAUUCCCAGGGGUCUAUGCCAGAGUGUCCCAGUAUCAGUCAUGGAUCAACAGCCACAUUAGCAGCAACCAGCCUGGCUUUGUUACCUUCACCUCCACUGGAACUGAUGGAGAUCUCAGUGCGACAUGUGACGGCCUGCCACCACCACCUACAACAACCGCACCCAAACCUGUGGUUUGUGGAAGCCCCUCGCCAAAUUUGAACCCACGUCUUGAUGGAGGAAGUUCAGUGGCAUCAGCAGGCUUGUGGCCCUGGAUGGCAAGCUUGCAUAAAAAUGGAACCUUUGUAUGUGGGGGCACCCUGGUGGCAGAACAGUUUGUUGUGACCGACGCUGACUGCUUUUCAAGCCAUCAAGUUGUUGUCACUGAAUGGAGUGUAAUCCUGGGCCGCUUGAAGCAGAAUGGAUCAAACCCCUUCGAAGUAAUGCUGAGUGUGACAAAUAUCACCAUUAGUAACUCAACUGGUAGCAAUGUGGCAGUUCUUCAACUCUUCAAAAAACCCACUCUCACUGACUACAUCCAGCCUAUCUGUGUGGAUCUAGAAGGCACAACUCUCAGCACAGGGACUACGUGCUGGGUGGCUGGGUGGGGUGGAGGCCAAGGUGGCGUUGAUCAAGUCCUGCAAGAGUUUCAGACCUCUGUGGUGGAUUGUGGUAACUCUUCCUCCCUUGACAGUAUCUGCACUACAGCCAUUGAGCUCCAACAGGGAGACACAGGGGGCCCGUUGAUGUGUAAGCAGGAUGGUUCUUGGCUUCAGCUUGCAGUACUGACUGUCCAAGACACUAACAGAACACGUUUAGAGAGGGCAGGUCAAGGCAACAUUACUUCCUUCAAACAAAUCUCCAGUUUUAAGGCUUUUCUUCAGGCUACAGUGGGAAACUUUCCUCCUUCCCCUCCAAGAAAUACCACCGCCAGCCCUACCACCAUGACCACUACCAUCAGCGCUGCAAACCACAUCAACCUCUCUGUUCCUCUCCUUUUUUUGUUCCUUCGUCUUGUUUUGUCUCUCUGACUUAACUUGCUGCAUAUGUUUUCAUUCUGAAUAUCAUUUGUGAGAAUUCUUGUUAUGCUUUGGAAUAAUACAGUUAAUGCAGCAUGCAACUAUUACGCUUAUAUUGGUUAAUAGCUGACUCGAUCACAUACAUAUUACUAACAGCAAAACUAUCCGUAAAUGUCUCUUGUUUUUUCUGUUACAUGCACCUCUGAUUAUAUUAUCGAAUAAAAGAAAUUGGUAUGCCUGGGGAAAGUUGUAGUUGUGUCUCAGUCGGCUGCUUGAGCAUUUUAGCUUUAACCUUUUUGGUCCUUUUAAGGAUCCGCCCGUUCCUAUGGCAACCGCAAGCUAGUUGCUACAGAAGAGGAAAGGGCGGCGAGUGGCUAGAUAUCCAACAAAUCCGCCGACCUACACAAGCGCUGCAUAAAUGUGCUUACUAUGAGAACAUUGGACCACGCAAAAUGGUGAGAUGACACAUUGCUGAGUGAUCCGAAUGUAGUAAGGGUAACUAAGGUUACUGUGCUUUCUGUGAG